CCCUCUUCGUCCUUCCUUCGCUUUUUUCUCUUCCUUUUCCUCUAAUCUCCUCCUCAAUUCCAACAUCCUCCUCACCUCUCCCUUUCACUUUUUACCUCAUACCCCCUAAAUCCAUCACCAUGGCUGACGAGCACGAGACCUUCGAGUCCGCCGAUGCCGGCGCCUCGGCCACCUACCCCAUGCAGUGCUCUGCCCUGCGCAAGAACGGUCACGUUGUCAUCAAGGGCCGCCCCUGCAAGAUCGUUGAGAUGUCCACCUCCAAGACUGGCAAGCACGGUCACGCCAAGGUCCACAUCGUUGCCAUCGAUAUCUUCACCCAGAAGAAGCUUGAGGAUCUGUCCCCCUCCACCCACAACAUGGAUGUCCCCAACGUCUACCGCAAGGAAUACCAGCUCCUUGACGUUACUGACGACGACUUCCUUUCCCUGAUGGACGAGGCCGGUAACACCAAGGACGACGUCAAGGUUCCCGAGGGUGAGGUUGGCGACCGUAUCCGCCGCAUGUUCCACGAUGAGGAGAAGGACUGCAACGUCACCAUCCUGUCCUCCAUGGGCGAGCAGGUCUGCAUGGAUGUCAAGGAGGCUCCCAAGGGCAACUAAAUUAUUGUGUCUAUGGACCGUUAACUGCUCUGUCAUCCAUGGUGUAUUUGAAGAGCCUCGCUCGGCUUUGCCCUUGGUCAGGUGGAUGAUACGGCCUUCUGGGCAGCUGCGGCGCCACGUACUCUUAUAUCCGUCUGUUUAGCCUUGGGUAUACGCUGAGCUGGCCAUGAUGGUCACGUUAAUUUGGCAGCAUAAAUCCUGCCUUGUCAGAGAAACAGUUCUUGAGUUCAGCACUUUCACGAUAGUUUGACGAAUAAAAAAUUAACUACCUUUCUCCCAAC